AACACGUGACGUCUCACAGGACGCGUGACGUCACAUGUAUUGCGCUGUUGAUGUUUUGUGUGUACACUAUUGUAUUUGCCCCCGUGUUUUAUUCCUUUUUUUUCCCCCCAAACAACAUAUCACAUAAUUCACCUAACAGCUGACGUCUUGUGUUAAAAGUAUGGUAAUGUUAAUUCACUGAGACGUUUUUCGUUACGUUGAAGACCCUCUUGGCUAGCCAGCCUGCUAGCUCGUGGGCUAACCGAUGGUGGAGAACAACAUCGAUGUGAGGACUAAAGCAGCUUUAAAGGAUGCCCUGUUUUGUAAGCGCUUUUAUUUAAGUGGCUCCACUUUGACAGCCUUUAUUGUACCACAAAAACUCAACUUUUAAUAUAGUUGGAAAAAAAUACCUAUGAAUAAAUUAGUAACUAAUAAAGUAAUUUUUAAACAACAAUAGAAAUAAAUUUAAGUUUUAAGUCACUCAAUCAAAUUUUACUUCUAUAGCUCUUAAUUACAAAUGUCUCAAAGGGCUGCACAAGCCACAACGACAUCCAAAGCUCAGAUCCUACAUCAGGGCAAGAAGAAACUCAACCCAAUGGGAACAACAAGAAACCUUGGAAGGGACCGCAAAUGGUGGCCGGUGCAAUGGAUGCCCAGUAGAUAAUGUGAGAGUUUAGUCCAUAGUGUGGCCACCAGGGUAUCCUCUUGCUUGUAGACACAUUGGGGAGCAGAGACGUCGCCAACUGAUGCAAAGAGGAGUGGUCCAUCCUGGGUCCCGACUUUGAAAAGCUAGCGCGUCAUCCGUGGAGGCUGACCUGUGGUCGCCUGACAACCUCUCCACACAGGAGAAGGUGGCAGAGCAGAAAAGAGAAACAGCAGCAGAUCAAAAUGAGGUCUAUUUAAAGGCUAGAGUAUACAAGUGAGUUUUAAGAUGAGACUUAAAUGCUUCUACUGAGGUAGCAUCUCUAACUGUUAUUGGUAGGGCACUCCAGAGUGUUGGAGCCCGGAUAGAAAACGCUCUAAAUCCCACAUACAUUUUUGGAGGGCUCUGGGAUUCACUAAUAAGCCGGAGUUCUUUGAACACAGAUUUCUGGCCAGAACAUAUAGUACAAUACAAUCAGCAUGAUUCGAUAGAGCUGGACUUUUUAGUAUUUUAUACAUAAGUAGUAAAACCUUAAGGUCGCAUCUUAAGUGCACAGGAAGUUAGGUAGUUAGGUCUUUAUUGUUAUUGUACAAGUACAACAAAACUUUGUUUUCAGCAUAACCCUAUUGAAGAUUAGACAAACAAACAGUGUACAGGGUUACAGAACAGGAAAGUUGAUGGGUCACCACAAGGCCUUCCUCUCCCAAGAGUCCAUUGUGUGUCCAGCAAGCACCGCUCCGUCAUGACAAGCAGAUUCCCCCAAACCCAAGAUCUUGUCAAUUUUGUUGAGGCCAGUUGAAUAGUUCUAAUGUGUAGAUUUGGAGAGCAGUACAAAAAGAGGCAGCAAGAAAGUUAAGACAAGACAAGACAAAGAAGCAAGCGGGAGAGGAAAGGGGACCGUCCGCCCUCGAUGAGUGCCAGUGAGAAAAUCAAAGUGCCAGUGCAGUGUCUAUGACCACCAUUUGCCUGUUGUCGAUGAAAUGAUGUAUCAACCAGUUAGGAAAGACUUCAUUUCUCUGACUCUCACCGACCAAAACUGUCACAUUUACAACAACGGCAAACACCGGAAGCAAUCCUGCUGGAGGAAAUGGAAGCAGCUGUCUCGGCUUCAACGAAGCCUCAUUCUUGUCCUUUUUGCUUUGUUACUCAUUCUGGGAUUACAGUCUUUUCCCCACAUGUCAUUGCAAAGGAGAGAGUUAUCCAGCAAGGAAGACUGGCUGGAGAUGAAUGAAAAUGAGUGGAGGCCUCCAUUUCCUGGUAUUAACUCUGUGUUUGGGCCAAACGAGAAAGCACCAGCUCCAGUGGUCGGACCGAAUCUUGGUCCAGUUGUUGGUCCAGAUUCUGUUUCGGAGCUUCAAAGACCCAACAUGCCCGUUUUUCAGAAACCUCCCAUUAUAAAAAAGAUUUUUCCAAAGAAAAGGGGUCCACCAAGCCUUCAGAAGAAUAGGAAUAUUUCAGACACGUUUGUCAUGCCAAGACCAGAACAAGAUGAAAGGGACAAUGGGCAGAAACAAGAAAAGGUGGUCAGCUGGCGAGGUGCAAUAAUUGAAGCGGUUCAGGUUCCUGAGCCCCCACCCUCUGUUAAUGAGAAGGACAAUGCUGCCCACCUGGUACCAGACAUCCCAGCCAAUACUGCUCCAGGUACUGCUUCAGCUGUAACUAACAUAGAUAGACUGGAAGCUGUGCGGGAUUCCUUCAGACAUGCAUGGAAGGGCUACAAGGACUACGCCUGGGGUCAUGAUGAGCUUAAGCCUAUCUCAAAGUCUUUUGGCGAAUGGUUUGGGCUGGGCUUGACCCUCAUCGAUUCCUUGGACACCAUGUGGAUCAUGGGUUUAAAAGAAGAAUUUGCAGAGGCAAGGCAAUGGGUAGAGAAGGAGCUCUCAUUCAACCAAAAUGUGGAUGUAAAUCUGUUUGAGACAACCAUACGUGUCCUUGGGGGGCUGCUGAGCACAUAUCACCUAUCUGGAGACCAGCUGUUCCUUGAUAAAGCUAAAGACCUCGGGGCCAGGUUAAUGCCUGCCUUCAAAACGCCCUCAAAGAUCCCGUUCUCUGACGUCAACAUCGGUAAAGGAACGGCCCACCCUCCUCGAUGGACAUCUGACAGCUCCAUGGCUGAGGUCACAAGCAUUCAGCUGGAGUUUAGAGAGCUGAGCCGCCUCACACAGGAACCACUGUACAAGGAUGUUGUAGAUGAGGUGAUGAUGAAGGUCCACAAGCUGCCGGGCAAACAUGAUGGUCUGAUACCCAUGUUCAUCAACACCAACAGUGGCCAGUUCUCUCACAGAGGCAUCUACACACUGGGCGCGAGGGCGGACAGCUACUAUGAAUACCUGCUCAAACAGUGGAUCCAAGGAGGCAGGAUGGAAGAUGCGCUGUUGGAGGACUACAUUGAAGCAAUCAAUGGAGUUAAAAAACACCUUGUGAGACAAACUGCGCAUCAGAAAUUGACAUUUGUUGGAGAGCUCUCCCAUAACCGCUUCAGUCCCAAAAUGGACCACUUGGUGUGCUUUCUGCCAGGAACCUUGGCACUGGGUGCCCACUAUGAUCUUCCAGGAGACCACAUGGAUUUAGCUGUAGAGUUAAUGGAGACUUGUCACCAGAUGUACAAACAGAUGGAAACGGGACUCAGUCCAGAGAUUGCACACUUCAACCUGCAUUCGGAUGAUGGUCAUGAUAUUUUUGUUAAGCCUGCAGACACACACAACUUGCUGAGACCAGAAACAGUGGAAAGUCUCUUUUACAUGUACAGGUUUACAAAAGACCCUAAGUACAGAGACUGGGGAUGGGAAAUUCUGCAGAAUUUCAACAAGUAUACCAAGGUCUCAGGUGGCGGCUACACGUCCAUCAACAACGUCCGCGACCCUGAGAACCCAGAGCCCAGGGACAAGAUGGAAAGUUUUUUCCUAGGUGAAACAUUGAAGUACUUCUACCUUCUUUUCUCUGACGAAGUGGAGCUUCUCAGUCUGGACAAAUAUGUGUUCAACACCGAGGCCCACCCACUCCCUAUAUGGCCCUCUGCGCCCAAGUGAUGGUACCAUUACAGGAGAUGGUUAAAGAUCUGACCACAAGGUCUGGUGAGACUGAAAGCGUUUCUCAGAUGUGUUUCUGUGAAACCAUCGCUACUGGCCAGCAACACAGGUCUGUAUUGGCCAUGAUUUAUUUUGCACAGGGAGGAAUUAAUUUGAGAUGUUUCAUAAAAAAAAGGUCUGAGCCGGUCUCUGCUGUAAAUAGGUCUGUAAAUAGGACUAAGGGGUGUUAGGGCUACCACGACUGUGCGAGGUAUUUGUCACCUUAAUGGCGCUGAUACCGAUAAUAUGUGAGAAGUCUACAUAUGUCUGUGAUUUUGACAUCAAUGUGAUGUUGCGGAGAUAAAAAUGGACCUAUUGUUGGGAAAAUCAUUAUUCGAACCCCUGCUGAUUCUUUUGUGUUUAUAGAUCCAGACUUCAGAAUUAUUGCUAGAAAAAAAGGUCAUACAUUUAUUUGUAUUUGAGAAGUAUUUGAUCUUCAGGCAGAGUACUCGGCGGAGAAACCCCUGUUGGUAAGCACAGAGAUUAGAUUUUUCUUGUAGUUAAAUUACAAGGGUUGCACUUAUUUCAGAAGGGAUUUUGACCCACAAUUCUUUACAGAUACUCUCCAAAAUCCUUAAAAUUUUAAAUGGCAACUCGAAGAUUCAGCAUCUCCUACAGAUUUUCCAAAAGGACAAAGCGCUUUUUCUGAUAUGUUUUUGGCCGACGUUGCUCAAAUGGUCGAGAAUCCAGCCUCCGUCGUUGUGUCCUUGGGCAAGACACUUCACCCACUUUUCUCCCUGUGUUACCCACCGACACUGGUGUAUGAAACUGAAUGAAUGUUUGUUGGAGGUCAUGGAGGCAGCCACAUUUCUUUCAGUCUACCCCCAGGGCAGUUGUGGCUACAAAUGCAGCUUACCACCAUGAAUGUGAGUGAAUUAACUUUUGUUUCCCGGCGUAACGUGCUUUGAGUCACUCGAAGAAAGCUCUAUAUAAAUCUAAUCCAUCAUUAUUAAGAACAAUCCACAACUUGGGCUGAGUGAUUCAAACUGACUGCCACAUCUUUUUUAAGUUUUUUACUUAAAGAUUGUCCCCUAAAAUUCACCACCGGUUGUGUAGUUCUACAUGACAACCCGACAGGUGUCGAUAGGCGUGAAAGCUGCGACAACAGCAGCAGAACUGUCCAGGCCAGUCUGCUUUGGCCUCAAUAAGGAUGUGCAAACACUGCUGAAAAAUCGAUUUUGUUUCCAAAGGUAACACAUCUAGUCAUCUUCAGCAUUUGUAGCACCGUCCUGCUACCGAAUGUGAAUAUAUCAUGUCACAAAAAAAGAGUCUACUUAUAAGCUUCCCGAUAACACGUUGCCAUGAUGCAGAUGUCCUUUAGAAUCUUUUAGAAUGCCACACAAAAUAGAAAGACUGUGGAAAUAUACAAUUUUCCUUAACUUGAAAGUUGUUGGUUUCUAUACUUUUUUAAAUUUUCUUGUAACCAGACCAUACUUUUCGGUAUGUUAGAUGGAAUCUUUACCUGACAUGUUUCGACUGUCAUCUGCAGUCUUCUUCAGGAGGGUCACCUGACCACUGUGACUUAUUGCCUGUCAGCUGACGGGUCUUGACAGGUCUGCCUGGUUGGCCACGCCUAUAAGAACAGCUGAUAGGCAACACGUCACAGUGGUCAGGUGACCCUUCUGAAGAAGACUGCAGAUGACUCCAUCUAAUAUACCGAAAAGGAUGGUCUGAUUACAAGAACAUUUGAAAAAGUAUAUGAAUAAAGCUAAGUUAAAGUUAAAGUACUAAUGAUUGUCAAACACACUCUUGGUGUGGCGAAAUUAUUCUCUGCAUUUGACCCAUCACCCCUUGAUCACCCCCUGGGAGGUGAGGGGAGCAAUGUGCAUCUGCGGUGCCGUGCCCGGGAAUUAUUUUUAGUGAUUUAACCCCCAAUUCCAACCCUUAAUGCUGAGUGCCAAGCAUUGGAGGUAAUGAGUCCCAUUUUUAUUGUCUUUGGUAUGACUCGGCUGGGGUUUGAACUCACAACCUACCGAUCUCAGGGUGGACACUCUAACCACUAGGCCACUGAGUAGUACCGAAAAGCAUGGUCUGAUUACAAGAACAUUUGAAAAAGUAUAUGAAUUGAUUUAAAGUUAAAAUGUCACACACACACACUAGGUGUGGUGAAAUUAUUCAAGAAGACAUAAUGCACCUUUUUGACCAAAUUGAAAGUUGUUAUUUAGAUUUGUCCACACAACAAUGUUUCAAAUAUUUUCCUUCCAAAAAAAAGCGUGGUUCUCCUUCAGGAAAAAAUGCUGUAUUUUUGUUUGUUUUUUGCAUAACAUUUUCAUUCUAGUUGAUGAUUUCAAUUCCAUUGUUCUACUGUGACUGUUCAUUUAUUUUACCUGUUUCAGAAAAAAUAUUUGGAGAAUAAACUGCGUUGAGAAUGGA